GCGGGGGGGGUUUCCGGUUCCGGUGUGUAGGAGGCGGCGGCGGCGGCGGCGGCAGGAGCAGCAGCAGCAGCGCUGGCGGCGAAGCGAGGCUCGGAGGGGGCCGGGCCCAGCGCGGCGCGGACACGCCAGGCCGACUCCCGCCCGGCGCCGAGCCAUGACGAGGCGGCGGCGGGAGCAGCAGCAGCAGCAGCCGCCGCCGCCGCACCCCGAGCCCUGAAGGGAGCCGAGCCAGGCCGAGCCCCGUAGGCCCCAUCCCGCCAGGCAGGCGGCCUGUCCCCGCCAUGGACAACCAGUGUACAGUCCAGGUGAAGUUGGAGCUCGGACACCGUGCCCAGCUGCGGAAGAAGCCCACCACGGAGGGGUUCACCCACGACUGGAUGGUGUUUGUACGCGGCCCGGAGCAGUUUGAAAUCCAGCACUUUGUGGAGAGGGUGGUCUUCCGCCUCCAUCAGAGCUUCCCUAAACCCAAACGUGUUUGCAAAGAGCCCCCUUACAAAGUGGAGGAGUCCGGCUACGCGGGCUUCAUUAUGCCCAUUGAGGUCUACUUCAAAAACAAGGAGGAACCGAAAAAAGUUUGCUUCACCUAUGACCUUUUCUUAAACCUUGAAGGAAACCCCCCAGUUAACCAUUUGCGGUGCGAGAAGCUGACUUUUAAUAACCCCACCAAGGAAUUCCGUCACAAACUCAUCAAAGCCGGAGGGGUGAUGGUCAUGCCGGAAGGUGCAGAAGCCGUCUCCAGGCCGAGCCCCGACUACCCCAUGCUUCCUACCAUCCCCCUCUCGGCCUUCUCUGAUCCUAAGAAGUCCAAACCAUCCCACGGAUCAAAGGAGGUGAGCAAAGAGGGGGGCAAGCUCUCCAAGCCCCACAAAGUCACCCGGGAGCACCGGGAGAGGCCCAGGAAAGACUCGGAGAGCAAAAGCGCCUCGCGGGACCCGGAGCGGGAAGCCGGCAAGGCCGCCAAGGAGCCCUCCAAGAAGCACGCGGCGGCCGAGAACAAAGGGCCGAAGGAGGAGAAGCCGGUGCCCAAGGCCGUCCUGAAGGAGGCCAAGCUGGCCCUGAAGGAGCACAAGCUGGAGAACGCCUCGCCCAAGGGGGGGGCGCCCCCGCCCUCCGAAGGGAAGCCCGCGGCCAAGCGGCCCUUGGUGGUGGAGUCGCCCAAGCCCGCGGGCAAAAAGCCGAAGAAGAACAGCUCCAAGGGGGCCAAGACCCUCCCCACCAACGCCCACCGGACCACCAACACCACCACCACCACCUCCUCCUCCUCCUACGCGGAGAAGAAGCCGCCCAAGGAGAAGCUGCCCGGCGCCAAAGCCGAGAAGGCCAAGCCAGAGAGCGAGGCCAAGGCCGUCAAGAAGCCCAUGGAGCUGACCGUGGCCGAGGAGUCCAACUCGGAGGACGAGGCCUCGGUCAAGUCAGAGUCUGCCGUAUCCAGUCCUUCCAACUCCAGCUCCAGCUCCGACUCCAGCUCCGAUUCUGAUUUUGAGCCGUCUCAGAACCACCGUCAAGGGCCGCUGCGUUCCAUGGUGGAGGACCUGCAGUCGGAAGAAUCGGACGAUGACGACAGUUCUUCUGGAGAGGAAGUGGCGGUCAAGUCCACCCCCAUCAGCAGAGAGGCCAGACUCAGCCACAGCGACAGCGACACCGACAACAGUGGGGACUCCUGCCUGCCCAGCCGAGACACGCCGCCCAGGCAAAAGGUCCCCUCAGCUAACAAUAAGUUAUCCGGGAGGAAAAGUCCGGAGACUUGCAAUAAACCGGAGAAAAUCUUGAAAAAAGGGACGUACGACAAGGCCUACACGGAUGAGUUGGUGGAGCUUCACCGGCGGCUGAUGGCUCUACGAGAACGUAACGUGCUACAGCAGAUCGUCAACCUGAUCGAGGAGACGGGCCACUUCAACGUCACCAACACCACGUUCGACUUCGACCUCUUCUCCCUGGACGAGACCACCGUCCGCAAGCUGCAGAGCUACCUGGAGGCGGUGGCCACGUGACCCUCGGCCCCGGGAGCAGAACCCACCCGCUUCUCUUUGGGGAACCGGCACCCCCUGCCUCUCUGGGGUUAGGAGAGGGGGCACCCACCCCCCCUCCCCGAACUGCGGCCGCUGCCUUACUCUCCCGUUUCGCCCCAGAGCGCACUGCCUUAGGGAACCGGCCACGCGCUAGGAACACCCUCGCUGCUGCUGCUGCUGCUGCUGUCGACGCUGCCGACGUCGACGCCCCUCCAUGACUCGGUUUCUCCUUUUGGGCUUCAGCUGAGCGCUCGCCUCUGGCCGCCGUCCUCCCCCCAGCUUUCCCCCCCCCUUUUUGCACCGAACCCCUUUGAGCGAAAACAGGACUCGAUGCCGGAUUUGAUCCCCAGACUACGUUGGCCUCCGUCUUCUCGUUCCAGCCUCGUUGGAGAGCAAGAGAGUCUUCGGCGGGGGGGGGGGGGCUUCGGCUCGUCUUUAAGGAAUACACUUGGAGGGGGGGGAAGACGCGCGCCUGGAACGGACGCAGCGCUUAUUUCCGUUGGACCUGCAGCCUCUUCCACGGGGCUGCGCGUUUGUGUGUCUGAGACUGUGCCAUCGCCCUGUGCCACCACCUGCCCGCCGCAGCCGCCGAAGGCUUCCGGCAGCCGAGCCGUAUCGGGGGGGGCGGAGGCUUUCCCUCCCCCCACCCCUCUGCCAGGGGACAGUUUUGCCACCUGCCAAAUGCCCGUGCCGUGUCUCGGAAGGGGGUGGGGUGGGUGCAUUUCUGGCACGUCAAGGUGGUUCGGCGGGAUUUCUGACACUUGUGCUGCGGAAGAUGCUUCCCCGGCGUUUUUCGGUUCCGGUUCUCGGUUCCGGCUCCCGGUCCUUUUCCAGUGUUUGAUUGGGUCGGACCGUAAGGACUACCGUAUUGUAUGCUGUGUCCGUUUUCCACGCAUACCUGCAGGUCACCGGUCGGUGUCUGUACGUAUGUACCUAUAUGUAUUUACGGUGUAAAAAGAAAAGAGAAAAUGCCGAAUCUGGUCUCAAAAUGGGGGGGCAGGUUAAGGCUUUUUUUAAAGGUUUUUUUUUUGUAAAGGAAUAGGCUGAAAUGGGGCUUUUGCGCUGUCUUCUGUCGGUUUGUUCAAAAGGGCGAUUUUUAGAGUUUUAGAAGCAGCGGGGAGGGCGUCCCAAAGGCGCCCGCGGCCUUUUUUCUGCCGAGUGACGGACCCCUCGGUGUGCUGCCGUUUGUCGGUUUGUUUUGUUUGUUUGUUUCAAUUUGCCAGCAGUGUUCGAGGAGCUUUUUUAUUUUUAUUUUAUUUUUGUAUUUGCCAAAAUCGCCCCUCCUGUGUUUUGGUUCCAAGAAAGCUCAUCUGCUCCGGGUUCCCACGCAACCAGUUUGGAGCGAAAGAGGCGCUCGGUCCUAUGGAAACGUGUUUUUUUUUUUUCUUUCUCUCUCUCUCUCUCCCUACUUUUGCGAUUCCCGAGACUCGGAUCUCUUUGGACAACUCCUGGGGAAUAUUUGUAAAAUAUUCCUCGCUUGGCUCGCCUCGGCGGCAUUUCAAGGCAAAGCAAAGCCCUAAAUAAUAUGAACGUAAGACGUACGACGGGCGUCCUUUCCCUUCUCUCCCCCCCCCCUUUUAGCAUUUAGAGACGCGACGUGGAUGGCAAAGAAUUUCGUGUGAUUCUCUCCAUGCCUGCUGGAGAUGACGCUUCCUCCCCGCUUCCGGAUCCUCCUUCCCGUAGCUUCCCUGAAAGACUGACGUGGCAAUAAGCUGGAUCUGAGUGAGGGUCACGUUGACCUUGAUCCCUGUUCGAGGCGACCCCUUUUUUUAAAAAAACAAACGAUUUUGUUUGUUGUCUUGCGUGUGCGUGUCUGUGUGUACCGAGAAUCGUUGUUUACAAUGUUUGAAAUGUCAGGUUGUCUGUCAGCCGCUCUGACCUUUGGCGACGUCUCCAGCCAGGUGGAGACAGCCCAGUUUGGGCCGGUGGACCAAAGCCUGGGCAGUGCCAAACGGGCAGGAAACCCACUGUCGGGCGAGGGGCACAGCUGUCUUUUUCUCAAGUGGGGUUCUCACGGAGCCGCCACGCUCUGCUACCGCUGGGGCUAGCCUCCCCGGCCGGAUCUGCUUCCGAGAUGGGUCUUUCCCAAAGCCAAGGGCUGUUUUUUGGGGGGUUUUUUCCUUCCUCCUCUCCCCCCCUCCUGCCCCCAGUCUCCCAUUUUAUGGUUUUGAAGUCAAAAGAGUGGGUCCCUGGGCUUGCAGAGGGCUGGGGCCCUGGCACUUGG